GGGCUCCGGGGCUGUGGGCUGUCUCCAUCCGGAGGUCUCUCUACCACCAGGCUCUGUGGGGCAGGGAAGCCCAGUGGGGUGCAGGGAGCCAGGAAGCUGGGGUGGGGUCAGGGCAGGGUCCACAGGGAGACCGGGCAAGGCUGGCAGCCUUCCCAGUCCGCGCAGCAUCUCUGCAGGGGGAGCAAGAGCUGCCCUUCCACCCCUCCCAGGGGACGGGUAGGGGCGCUCUGGGCUUUUCCCACCCCCUCACACAGGGACACAGGCCUGGUGGGCCUGUGACUGAAAUUGGCCAGACCGCAUUCUGGUGGUUUUAUUCGGAAGGGAAGUUUACCCUGUUCAGCAGAAGCUGAGAUGGGAACAGGAAACCCACAGGGCCCCUUUAUUCGGCAAAAAUGUCAGUCAGCGCCACGGGGAGCAGCCGAGGGUCCCUGAGUGUCCGCAGCAAUGGCGCUGAGUUCCUCUGCUGGAGUUCAUCCUGCUAGCUGGGUUCCCGAGCUGCCGGUCUGAGCCUGAGGCAUGGAGCCUCCUGGAGACUGGGGGCCUCCUCCCUGGAGAUCCACCCGCAAAACCGACGUCUUGAGGCUGGUGCUGUAUCUCACCUUCCUGGGAGCCCCCUGCUACGCCCCAGCUCUGCCGUCCUGCAAGGAGGACGAGUACCCAGUGGGCUCCGAGUGCUGCCCCAAGUGCAGUCCAGGUUAUCGUGUGAAGGAGGCCUGCGGGGAGCUGACGGGCACAGUGUGUGAACCCUGCCCUCCGGGGACCUACAUUGCCCACCUCAAUGGCCUGAGCAAGUGUCUGCAGUGCCAAAUGUGUGACCCAGCCAUGGGCCUGCGCGCGAGCCGGAACUGCUCCAGGACAGAGAACGCCGUGUGUGGCUGCAGCCCAGGCCACUUCUGCAUUGUCCAGGACGGGGACCACUGCGCCGCGUGCCGCGCUUACGCCACCUCCAGCCCGGGCCAGAGUGUGCAGAAGGGAGGCACCGAGAGUCAGGACACCCUGUGUCAGAACUGCCCCCCGGGGACCUUCUCUCCCAAUGGGACCCUGGAGGAAUGUCAGCACCAGACCAAGUGCAGCUGGCUGGUGACGAAGGCCGGACCUGGGACCAGCAGCUCCCACUGGGUAUGGUGGUUUCUCUCAGGGAGCCUCGUCAUCGUCAUUGUUUGCUCCACACUUGGCCUAAUCAUAUGUGUGAAAAGAAGAAAGCCAAGGGGUGAUGUAGUCAAGGUGAUCGUCUCCGUCCAGCGGAAAAGACAGGAGGCAGAAGGUGAGGCCACAGUCAUCGAGGCCCUGCAGGCCCCUCCGGACGUCACCACGGUGGCCGUGGAGGAGACAAUACCCGCAUUCACGGGGAGGAGCCCAAACCACUGACCCACAGACUCUGCACCCCGAUGCCAGAGAUACCUGGAGCGACGGCUGCUGAAAGAGGCUGUCCACCUGGCGGAACCAGCGGAGCCCGGAGGCUUGGGGGCUCCGCCCUGGGCUGGCUUCCGUGUCCUCCAGUGGAGGGAGAGGUGGGGCCCCUGCUGGGGUAGAGCUGGGGACGCCACGUGCCAUUCCCAUGGGCCAGUGAGGGCCUGGGGCCUCUGUUCUGCUGUGGCCUGAGCUCCCCAGAGUCCUGAGGAGGAGCGCCAGUUGCCCCUCGCUCACAGACCACACACCCAGCCCUCCUGGGCCAGCCCAGAGGGCCCUUCAGACCCCAGCUGUCUGCGCAUCUGACUCUUGUGGCCUCGGCAGGACAGGCCCCGGGCACUGCCUCACGGCCAAGGCUGGACUGGGUUGGCCGCAGUGUGGUGUUAAGUGGAUACCACAUCUGAAGUGAUUUUCUGAAUUGGAUUUGAAUUCGGCUCCUGUUUUCUAUUUGUCAUGAAACAGUGUAUUUGGGGAGAUGCUGUGGGAGGAUGUAAAUAUCUUGUUUCUCCUCAAA